CGCAAGGCUUCGCUCCUCCCGCGCUACUGCGGUCACCACCGUUGCUGGCGGUUAAACGGCUUUGCCUUCUUGACGUUACCCUUCUCGGGGAAGAUGGUCUCUGCUGGAUCGUGUUCGUCGGGUGAUGAGAUGACGAAUAAUAACGAAGGAGCAGAUGCGAUGAAAAAGCCCCCUAAAAGGGACAUCAGGCGCUACUAUUGUCAAUAUUGUGGAAUUUGUAGGUCUAAGAAGAAUCUUAUACGGUCUCACAUGCUUACCAACCAUAAGUUUGAACUGGAAGAUGCACAAUCUGAUGAAGUUGAAGGCAUAAACAAAGUGGACAGAAUGAAGCGAUAUACUUGCAAGGAGUGUGGUGCAAGUUUUCGCAAACCAGCUCAUCUGAAGCAGCAUAUGCAGAGCCAUUCUGUUGAGAGACCUUUUUCCUGCCCGGUGGAUGAUUGUCGUGUGAGCUAUAGAAGGAAGGAUCAUUUGACUCGCCAUUUAUUGACUCACCAAGGAAAACUUUUCGCUUGCCCAGUUGACAAUUGCAAUCGCAAAUUUGGAAUAAAGGCCAACAUGAAGAGGCACAUGAGAGAAAUUCAUGAAGACGAAUCUCCUUGUGAAGGUCAAAAGCAAUAUGUUUGCGGUGAAUCUGGAUGUGGGAGAACAUUCAAAUAUCCCUCAAAGUUAAAGAAACAUGAAGAGGCACAUGUUAAAAUGGAUUGUUCAGAAGUUGUUUGCUGUGAACCUGGCUGUACAAAAACAUUCACAAAUGCAGAAUGUCUUAAAGCUCACGUCAGGACUUGUCACCAAUAUGCUGAGUGUGAGGUCUGUGGGACUAAGCAACUAAAGAGGAACUAUAAGCGACACGAACUCAAGCAUGAGCUGAAUGAGAAGACUGAUAGGAUCGAAUGCAAUUUCAAAGAUUGCAAUUGCACAUUUUCAAAUGCAUCAAAUCUCAGACAGCACAUAAGAGCCAUACAUGAAAAAAUGAGGCCAUUCACCUGUCAGUUCUCGGGAUGUGGGAAGAAGUUUCCCUAUAAGCAUGUGAGGGACAAGCAUGAGAAAUCUUGUGUUCAUGAUCAUGUUCAGGGUGACUUCAUCGAAACCGAUGAGCGAUUGCGUUCUCGGCCAAGGGGUGGACGGAAACGGAAAUGCAUGUCCGUAGAGACGCUUCAGCGCAAGAGGGUGGUUCCUCCGAGUCGAGCUUCUGUCCUUGAUGAUGGAGUCAACUAUUUGAGAUGGUUGCUUAAUGAACAGUAGUGUGUGGCCUUUUGAGUAGAUAUGAACAGAUACAUGAUACACGCAGUGGUCUUCGUUGACGUCUCGACCUUUAGAUGAUGAUGACACAAUGAACAGAUAUGUAACUAUAUGUUGUUGUGAUUUGUAAUAUGACUCGUUGAUAAUGACACAAUGAAAUCAAGCAUGCCUUGGAUGAUCGCUCCGUGUUCCUACCGCCACUGUGAUUUUGAAUUUGAGUUGGAACCAACUGCA